AUGUCGUUGUCAGAUGAUGUAGGUACUAACAAUGGUGAAAUUUUUCAGCAAAAACUUGAUGCUCAAACAAAUACAGACAAACUUGCAAAAUGUACAAUCGACCUACGAAAUGUACGAGACGAUUCAUGCGAAGAUUUAUCAGCUAUACCUGAAUUAUUUGUCAUUACAUUGAUACAUCAGAACAAGAAUUAUGAUGCAUACAUUACUAAUCGUGUUACUAUUGGUGAUAUCUUUUCUAAAAUGGUUCAAUUAGAACUUCUUCAGUCCGAAGAAGCUAAUACUCAUCACAUUAUACCAGAAGAAAAUGCACAAGUUUCAUAUGAUCUCUCUCAUUCUUUUACAAAUGCAAAUGAUGGUUCUCAUUUUCGUAUAGAACCAAAACCAUCAUCACCUUUACCGACAGAAGUUGUUUUUAUUAAAACUUUGACUGGUAGAAUGAUUACUAUCAAUGUAUCUAUCAAGAUGGAUACGAUUGCUAUAAUCAAGGAACGUGUACAAAUGAAAGAGGGCAUUCCAACUGACGAACAACGGCUUAUUUUAAAUGGAAAGCAACUGGAAGACAAUAGAACAUUAGCUGAUUAUAAGGUUUCAAAUGAAAGUACGUUGCAUCUCAUUCUAAGACUUCGUAAACCUGUUAUUCGAUUAAAAUCAAUCAAUAAUCAAGUCAUUAAUCAUGUUCAUAUCUCCGUUGAACUUGAUCCACAUAUGUGGAUUUUAUCGAGUCUUUAUCCAAAACCAUCAAUUACAGAUGGAAAAAGGUUUGUACAAUGGAAUAAUAUGAAUGUCUAUCCAGAUGGAAAAAUUAUUUUUGAAGAAAAUGAAAAGAAUACAUAUAUGAUCGAUCGACCUUAUCCAUUAAUUGAUGAUGAGAAAGAAUAUCGAAUAUUAUUUUGGGAAGCCUUCACAACUACUUCAUCGUCCAAUUUUAUUCAGCAAGAAAAUUUAUGUGUUCCACGUCGGGAUUUUGGUCGAAUACUUAAUCAUCUUUUGAAAAAAAUGACUCUAUCAUCUGAAGAUCGUGAUGAUCUCAUUACAUAUGUACUUCCUCAACUAGAUGAAGCUGAUCCUGAACAUGAAAAAGAAAAGGUUAUAUUUCAUUUUCUUUCUCCACAAAUAUAUUCACAAUCAGCUCCGCUAACCAUUCGUCCACUACCUCAACAAUUAGUGCGUGCUUUUCUCAUCUUUGGAUUUGGAACUAAUGAUGAUGAAAUCUCAACUGUGGACGACUUGGAAAAUGAAAUUAACAAAGUUAUUAAUAUUGAAAAUUUAUCAGAAAGUGGUUUAGUUGUACAUGAAUGGGGUUCAAUGUUCGUGUAUUGA